AUGGCGGCGGCGGCGGCGGUGCCGGAGCCGGACAGCUGCCUCAAGAGCUUCGAGCUCUACGAGGCCGAGUCGAAAUUUUAUAUUCUUGGAACUAACACUAACAAGACAAUAUGGAGGUUACUCAAGAUUGAUAGAAUGGAACCAUCAGAGCUCAAUGUAGAUGAGGAUUCUACUGUACACUCACAGAGUGACUACCUUGAUCUUCUAAAAAAUCUAGAUGAAGAACACAGGUCUACUGGUGGAGUCAAAUUUGUCACCAACUGUUUUGGAAUCAUUGGUUUCAUUAAGUUCCUUGGGCCCUAUUACAUGUUAAUUAUUACUGAGCAGAGAAAGAUUGGGGAUAUAUUUGGUCAUCCGGUGUACCAAGUUACUAAGACUGCGAUGAUUGAGUUAUCAAAUUCCAAGACGAGGCCAAAGUUAAUUAACUCCAAGGACGAGAACAGGUACAAGAAGCUCUUGCAGACAAUUGAUCUUAGAAAAGACUUCUUUUUUAGCCACUCAUAUCAAAUAAUGAGAAGUCUCCAGAAGAACUUUAGUGAUCCACAAGAAGGGUGGGAACUAUAUGACACAAUGUUUGUCUGGAAUGAGUUCCUAACUCGAGGGAUUCGUUACAUUCUGAAAACUACACUCUGGACUGUUGCAUUAGUCUAUGGUUUUUUUAAGCAGGAUAAAAGCUUGGGAAGAUAUUAUGCUGACGCUCAUUUGCCAGGCAUUAUGCUGGCAUCAGGAUUGAUAUGCUGCAUUUUUCUUUUUCUGAUAUUGUCAUACAGGUAUCUAAAGAGGGGUGUGAAUGAGGAGGGCAGAGUAGCAAAUGAUGUUGAGACUGAGCAAAUUGUUUAUGAAGACAUGCUUGGACCAUGGCAAAUAAGCUCUGUUGUGCAGAACAGGGGUUCAAUUCCACUAUUCUGGUCCCAGGAGACAUCAAAGCUGAAUCUUAAGCCUGAUAUCAUAUUGCAUGAAAAGGACAAAAAUUAUGAGGCUACCAGGCUUCAUUUUGAAAAUCUUAGGAAGAGAUAUGGAAAUCCUAUCAUCAUCUUAAACUUGAUUAAGACACAUGAGAAGAGACCACGAGAAAUUAUACUUCGUCGGGAAUUUGACAGAGCAAUAAAGAUUAUUAAUACCGGUCUACCAGGCGAAGACCAUUUGAGAUUUUUACAUUGGGAUCUUCAUAAGAACUCUCAAAGCAAAAGUACAAAUGCCCUUCAAGUGCUUUUGAAAGUGGCGUUUGAAGCUCUGAACUUGACAGAAUUCUUUUAUUGUCAAGUUUCCCCAGCUCAAAUGGCAGAGAACUCCCUUAACUUAAGCCCUACAUUGAAAAAUGGUUUUGGUCCUCACGUGUGUGAUGUCAACAACAAUUGCGGCAAUGCAGACUAUGUUGUUGAUCUUGAUGACAUUUCCCAAGAAGAUACCUGUGGCAGUUCUGAUCCUGGCAAUGGAAUUGCAGAAGAUAAAUCUGAGGUCAAUGGAUCUACCCAAAUAAAGCCUCCAAAAUUUCAAAAAGGUGUCCUACGUACAAACUGUAUAGAUUGUUUGGACCGCACAAAUGUUGCUCAAUAUGCCUAUGGCUUAGCUGCUCUAGGACACCAGUUACAUGAACUUGGUUCUGUAGAAUCUCCAGAAGUUCAUUUAGACUCCCCUUUGUCUCGACAUUUGAUGCAUUUUUAUGAACGGAUGGGUGACACACUUGCUUUACAGUAUGGUGGUUCUGCUGCGCACAAUAAGAUAUUCUCUGCAAAAAGAGGGCACUUGAAGUUUGCCAUCCAAUCUCAAGAGUUCUUUAGGACACUGCAACGGUACUAUAGUAAUGCCUAUAUGGAUGCCUACAAACAAGCAGCGAUAAACUUAUUUUUAGGAUACUUCCAACCGCAGGUGGGAAAACCUGCACUUUGGGAGCCAGAAUCUGGUGAUGAGCAUGUACUUGAUGACGAGACAAGUAAAUUGAUGAAGAGGGCAAGAUCAGAUGGCAGCAUUCUUAAUAAAAGCAAACCAUCAAUGUCCAGUAAUGGCCCAAAUGGAAUUUUAAAUCCAGCAUUUACUGGUUCAAAAAAUGAAGGACAACAUCCAAACUGGAGUUCUGAUUCAGUGCAUGGGAUGUCUUCAGCCUCCGUCAAUUCCAUGUCAAAGUCGAGGUAUACUCCGACAGUGUCUCACAUUAAGCAUAUAAGCUGCGAACUAGACUACUGCAAUGGUUCUGGUGAUUCAAAUUUCCUGGAUCUUGACUGGCUUUCGGCUUCAGACAAUGAAAGGUCAAAAGCCAUAAGCACUCCUGAUGUGAAUAUUUCAACUGAUAAUGGUGUUCAUGAUGUAAGCUCUGGGACAAUGGAUGAUCAAGCUGCUGAGAUCCAGGAUCAGGGGUUAUCUAAGGAUUUUGUGCAGUGGGUUAAUCAAGGAGAGGCAUUUUGGUACUGA